GGGGGAWUGAGACCCGGUGUAUGUCCGGUUCCUUUACCAAUYGACUCUUGUCCCAAUAAUACCAAAGAUGAAUGCAACGUAGAUCAAGAUUGCACCGAAGGGAAAAAAUGCUGCUCUGAUUCCUGCAACAGACAGUGCGUUGCUCCUCCACCAAACAGAGACUGUGCAGAUAUGUACAUGGCCGGAAUUAGGAAGAGCGGAGUUUACACUGUAAAACCUGACGACCAAGGACCUUUUCAAGUCUAUUGCGACAUGGACACUGAUUCAGGUGGAUGGACAGUCUUUCAGCGUCGAAAGGAUAACCUCGUCAACUUUUUUCGUGACUGGAAADACUACAAAGUAGGUUUUGGUGACUUAGAGGGAAGCUUUUGGCUUGGAUUGGAAAAGAUACACCGUCUUGUUGCUACGACUGAGAGCUCUCUCCGUGUUGACCUAGAGGACUGGGAUAAAACYAAGGUGUAUGCUAAGUAUGUAGGCUUUCGUAUUGAAGACGAGAGUAAAAAAUACCGGUUAACAGUGAUAGGCUACAAGGGAACUGCCGGAAACUCACUAWCAUAUCAUAAUAACAUGCCUUUUAGUACUAGAGAUCGAGACAAYGAUAAAUGGCCAGGAAAUGAAUGUGCCAAUGAUCUGACUGGUGCCUGGUGGUACAAUAACUGCCAUGCAUCUAAUUUAAAUGGCAUGUACUAUGGCAAUAUCAAAGACUAUGGAGGAGUGGGGUGGGCAGCUUUUCGACACAAUUUAUCAUUAAAAUUUGCAGAGAUGAAGGUGAGACCRGACUCAUUUGCCGAGGGUGAUGAAUGAUUCACAGAUAUWAUGGACGAU